AUGCGCUUCUCUGCUAUUGCUGCUGCUGCCGCCCUCACCAUUGACGUCUCUGCCCAAAAUGACACCGCUCCUGCAUCCUAUGUUACUGAGGUUCUUACGGCCUACACCACCUACUGUCCGGAACCUACCGAGAUUGCCCACAACGGCAAGACGUACACAGUCACUGAGGCCAGUACUCUGACUAUCACUGACUGCCCGUGCACCGUUUCCAAGCCUGUCUUCACGUCCGUCGUUACCUCUUGCGCGUCCUGUGCCUCUGAUACCCCCGGCAGCCCCGCUGUCCCUACUUCCUCUGGCAUCGUCAUCUCGGAUGCCAGCUCCUGGCCUGCUCCCACCUCCAAGCCUGUCCUUCCCACCGGCGGUAACGGCACGGCCAGCUUCUCCAAGCCUGGCCUUCCCUCUGCCUCUGGUCCCGCCUCGGUCCCUGGCUCGCCUGCCUCAGGCACUAGUGGCAGCGGUGCUUCCACUCCCGUCACUACUCCUCCCACCUUUACCGGCGCUGCUUCCAAGGUCUUUGCCGCUUCGGGCGCUGGCCUCGCAGCUGUCUUUGGCUUCGCUGCGUACUUGCUGUAA